AUGGCCUUGAAUGCAGCACCACACAUGUCCACCCUUUCUCAUGGUGUUGUGAGUGGAGUUCGGCACUCCCUGUGCCAGAAACACCCAAAGCUUUCAGUAACCUAAAGGAGUAAACAGUGCGUAGGCAGUCCAGAUUAACGACAUGCCCAACUCCACGUCCAGCGAACCCGGUUCGCGGGUUUCGGAUCCACAGCACUCCCAAAAGCUGCUCAGAGUUCUUCGUACUUUCUGGCAGGAGCAAAGCUUUCACGAUGCUCUGCUGGUUGUCGAUGGAGAAGAGCUUCCAGUUCAGAAAAACAUCCUGGCUGCUGCCAGCCCAUAUGUCAGGACUAAACUGAACUACAAUCCUCCCAAAGAAGAUGGGUCCACUUACAGGAUCGAGCUGCAGGGAGUCUCCAUGGUCAUCAUGAAGCAGAUCCUGGACUACAUCUUUAGCGGAGAAAUCAGCCUGAGUGAAGAAACCAUCCAGGACAUGGUGCAGGCGUCAGACCUGCUCCUCAUGACAGACCUUAAGCUGCUCUGCUGUCAGUUCCUGGAGAGCUGCAUAACUGCAGAGAACUGCAUCGGCAUCCGGCUCUUCUCCCUGUGUUACUGUCUCCAUCACGUCCACUACGUCGCCACUGAGUUUCUGCAGACGCACUUUCGUGAUGUGGCUCUCACUGAGGAGUUCAGGGAGCUGCCCCAUGAUCGGCUCUGUGAGCUGCUAGCCAUGGAGAAGCUCAAUGUGGGGAACGAGAAGUACCUACUGGAGGCUGUGGUGCGAUGGUUCGCUCAUGACCCCGACGACCGCAGGGUCCACAUGAAGGAGGUGAUGUCAGCAGUAUGGCUGCAGGGUUUGGACCUGAGUUACCUGAGAGAGCAGUCCACGGCAGAGCCUUUGAUGAGGGAGGUGAUCCGAGAGUUCUGUCAGAAGAACCUGACGGAGGCGCCGCUGCAGGGCGAGGCCAUGAUCGCCGCCUUCAAACCCAGAGGUUACUCCGAGUGCAUCGUCGUCGCUGGAGGAGAGGAUCGACGAACCAAGAAGCUGACAGCUGCGAUGCGCUGCAUGUGUCCGCUCUACGAUACAAACAGGCAGGGCUGGAUCGAGCUGCAGCCCAUGAGCGUCGCCCGUCUCGGCCACGGAGUCGUCGCUGCCGAGGGGUUUCUGUUUGUGUUGGGAGGAACCAAUGAAAACAACACGGUCCUGGAUAGUGGAGAGAAAUACGACCCAGACUCCAACUCCUGGAGCCCGGUACCGCCGAUGCUGCAGGCUCGACAGAACUUCGGUGUGGUGGAGCUGGACGGCCUGAUCUACGCCCUGGGAGGAGAGAACGAAGACACGGCACUGACCACCGUGGAAGUUUUCGAUCCACAUUUCAGCUGCUGGAAGAUGCAGUCGAGCAUGACGAUGAUCCGUAAGGUCGGCUGCUACGCCUCCAUGAACAAGAAGAUUUAUGCCAUCGGUGGCGGCUCCUACGGAAAGCUGUUCGACUCCGUCGAAUGCUUUGACCCUAAAACCCAACAGUGGACGGGCCUGUGCCCUCUGAAGGAGAGGAGGUUCGGUUCUGUGGCGUGUGGCAUCGGUCAGGAGCUCUACGUGUUUGGGGGAGUCCGAAGCCAAGAGAGCGAAAAUCCGGAACAAAGACAGAUGAUGACCUGCAAGUCGGAGUUCUACCACAACGACAUCAGAAGGUGGAUGUUCCUGGAUGACCAGAACCUUUGCAGCCCGGCCAGCUCGUCCUUCGUCUACGGCGCCGUUCCCAUCGGAGCCAGCAUCUAUGUGGUGGGAGAUUUGGACACGGGAACCACUUUCGACUACAUCCGAGAGUUUCGCCGCAGCACGGGGACGUGGCACCACACCAAGCACAUGUUAACCAGCGACCUCUGCAAAACCGCCUGCGCCGCCCUGCGCAUCGCUAACUGUCGACUGUUCCGCCUCCAGCUGAGCCAGGGAAUGUUCCGGAUCAGAGUGUGAGUCCUGGUCCUGGUGCCGGCGCCAUGUUCGCUGUAGGUUUGGGGUUAGGUCGCGCACAAACACUAAAGUACUUAACCUUCACAGAUUGUCGAGGAUCCUCCUCUGGUGGAUCUUUGAUGGGACGCAUUCCCCAUAGUCUCAAGGUUUAAGGAGUUUUUUAAUAUUUUCUAACUAACUAACGAUGGUUCUGUUGUUUUAAAGGAUGUUUUUCACAUUUUAUUUUUAACGAUGGAUCAGAGAUUCAACAUUAGCUUCUGUUUUUUGCACGUUCCCUCACGCCUGCAGCCUUGUUUCUAACAACCGGAACAUCCAAGGCGUGCUGGGGGGGUCCCAUCUGUCCCAGUCCCAUCUGUUCCACACUUAAGCUGAGAGAUAAUUAUCCAAGUUUUGCCUGAAAUUAUUUCUUAGAGAUGAAUUUGAGUUUAGGUUUAAAUCUUUAUAAGUGACACAGUUAGGAACCGUCCCCUAGAACCUCAGUGGGCGGGGGCUGGUGCUCAGAGCGUCCGUUAGCGUAAUGGUUGCGUGUCCCAACUGUUUAGUCGCUGGCAUUUUGAACACAAUAAAGACUUUUUUUAUUAGAGAUGCACGAUUCUGAAUUUUAGGGCUAAUACUAAUUUCAGUUUCAGAAUUUGGAAGAUUUCUGUUCAUCUUCAAGGUCUCAUUAACAGAGAAGAGGCACCCAUUUUCAAUUUGAGAGUUAAUUUCACAUUUUCGUGCAGCCCUGAUCUGCUGAUACAGAUUAGAUCCGAAUCUGAUUAAUCUAUAAUUCCUAAAGUAGAAAAUUAAGCUAUUUUUAUUCCAGAUUAACCAGAAAAUUCUGAUUCGGGAGUCAAAAAUCGCUGUUGCUAGCAUCUUAGCACUGGCGAGUUCACAAACCUAGAAAAAUGCAGCAAAAUUUUAGAACAAUAUGCAGUUUCAUUUGUCAUAAUUAAAUAUUAUUGAUGGUACUGACUGCAAAAAUACACACAUUUUCUCACUGCUCUCAUCACGAGAUUACGACGCGUCACUCACAACUCUUGGUGGUGCAGCUUAUAGUCGACGAGUUCACGUGCAGAUUCGUGCUGCAGAGAAAAUUACUGUUUUUUGUCACUUUUUAAGAUCUAAGCAGAUUUUUUUUUUUUUGCAUUUGCAAAGAUUUAUUUUUAAAUUAUUGUGCAGAAUUUUUAGUUUCCAAUUAUCCAGUCAUGAAGCGUAUUGACCAGUUCCAUUCACCAGCUGAGUUAUUUUUUAUUUUGCUAAAUCUUUGCCGAUUUAGCCUCAAAAUCAGGUUGUGUAGUGGGCGUCUGGAGCAGAAAACGCAAGUAAUGUGAGACAACUCAGAGAGGAGUUGGAGAAACUAAAUCCAGUAUCUGACUGGAUUGGGAACAAAAACCGGUGACCGGAAGUGGACUGAAUGGGUACGCCCUGCAUCAAGCUGUUUGUCAAUGAGUCCUAAUUAUGUUGACGUUUGCAGCUUAUUCUCUUUUUAUUCAGUUUUAUUCUCCAAAUCCUCUCAAAGUUGUCUCUGUUUCUUGAAGUUUUUACAAAUCAACAACGGAGACAAUUUCAGAGGUGUGUAAGGAUUCGGUACUAACAUGAGAGGUUUGACGUGUUUAAAAGGCGUCACAGCUCAAGCAGAAACACUUUGAGACGUGUUGGAAACUCUUUUGUGACGGUUGUUUUCCACCUGCCUUCUCAGUAGCAACGCCACAAGCUUACAACCCAGUCAGGACAUUAAUGGAGCACUUUGGGCUAAACCGUGCCUUUAAAAUUAGCACGUUUGCACAAACGUCGCAGUUCCUUUGCAGUUUUGACUAAAACAGGAAAGUAGAGUUCUGCCGGGACAUUGUCCCCGCUUUGGAGGAAUUGCGUCGCCCCCAUCUGCAGCGGCAGGAUGAAGUCAUCCAUAAAAGUCUGUAUCAGCACCAGGUUGUUAACAGAAAAAGAAUGAUAUCUAAACUGUGACCCGCUUCAGAUCCUAGUUUAGUUUUUCUCAAACUGGAAACUCACUGGCCCUGACGAUCACCUGAGGUUUGAGCUCGACGUUUCUGUUCGGCUCCUUUAAACCUCCCAGAAACAAAAGUCGGCACCGCAAAGUAAACAUCCAGACCUUCUAGAUGACCAAACAGAUUAAGUACAUAUCAUAAAGUCAACAGAGAACAUGCUGUUAGCGUAUUUGUAACCAGCUGACGGCUUAUUUCAGAAGUUUUUGUGUAAAAACCGAACCAACAGGAAAGCCCCUGCAGAUGCUUAUCACUGAUAAAACUGCUGAUAUGUGAGAAUAAAUGUGCAUCCUCUUUACAAAUAGUGCUGACAUCCUAACAGUGUAGGUGUACUGUUGCAUUUAGUGUUAUUAGUAGCUUAGCUGUUGCUUUCCUGGUUGAUUCAGACUCAAGUCAGCCGUUCAGGUGUUGGGUUAGUCUAGCCUGCAGGAGCUCCUGGAGCUCGUCUGUUCCCGGUGGCUGGAGACGGGUUUGCAGAGCAGAACACGUGGUUCAAUAAAGGUGUUACAAAGUUUUUGGUGAUGGGUGCAGAAGAGAUGAAAGCGAUGCAGAAAGGAGUCUCCCGGUGGGCUUGGACGUGCAGCGCGGCGUCUCGGGAGGCUUUUCUUCCUGCAGGUUUAACUUUUCAGUAAUGAAGUGGAACUUUAUUCAGGCUGCAAGAUAAAAGCAUCUCCACUUAAAGGCAUUCCCUCAGUAUGGUCAAAUCCUGAAGGAAGGCCAGUUUUAGUAUUUUUUAAAACCAAAUUUGUUGAUUUAUCUUGAAAAUAAUUAGAGGUGAAUUUUUUUUCCCACUCAUCCCGUCGUUUACUGUAAAUGCAUUCCCAAACUGGAGUGUUGACUAAACAGACACGAACGUCUCUGGGUUUCUGUUUCGAGCCGCCGAGUCGGGUGGUGACCGGCUGGAUGCGCCAUCCGUGUUUCCGUUUGUGUUUUUGAGGAAGUUUUGGGAAAAGUUGCUACUGAGUGUGUUUAUGUCAAAGAGAUUAAAUGAACAAAGUGAUGAAACA